AUGAUCAAGGAUAUGGACCUUUGGGAGCAGACGUUUCAGCGGAUAAUUAGAGAGAAGAAACCGCAUCACAGAUGGAAGCUGAAAGUGGACGAUAACCUCGAGGUCAAAAGCCUACGGCCGGGCUGGAAGCAAUACACGCAGAAAGGCCUUGCAAGGUUUCGGUGCUCCUUGUGUGGGCGCAGCUGGGUCUCUGCCCAAGUGCUGAUUCUCUUCUGGAUGUGCCUGAAGGAACCCUACGGCCGGGUCAAGAUGAGGGUCUUUGCCCAGCGCUGCCAGAGGUGCAGCACGGCUCUGUUUGAGGAGCCCGAGUUCAGCCCGGAGGGCAUCGAGAAGAUCCUGGGAUGCCUGGUGGUCCGCAUUCUGCUGAAGUGCUAUCGGGAAAGUGCUGGCGCUCCCGUCCCCAGAGAGGACCCUUUGAGAGAAAUCCUCGUCGCUGGGCCGCACGAUGCCGGGAACUGCGAGGCCUGCUUGGUGGGCAUCUCUUGCCCGAGCCAAUCGGACGGCAAGGUCUCAAAGGCCCUUCCCAGAAGGCCCCACAACUCGGCCCAGUACCAGCAGCCGGCCUCUAAAAGGGGGAAGCUGCUCCUGCUCCUUUCCCUUUGCAUUGUAAUUGUAUUUGUGGUCCUGAUGGUGACUCUUGGGGUCACUGGGCUCCUUUAG